AUGGUAGCACACAGCAGCGUCACGCCUGAGCAUGGAAUUGCAGCGGGGCUGAGAGGCCGGCUCCAGCCCCCCAUCCGGGCCGCUCUGCAGGUCCGGCCCCCCCAUGGCACAGUGCAAGCCCCACGGGACACCCACUUCCACACCUUCCGCUCACAGGAGGACUUUGGCAUCAUUGUCCGCACCAGCACCCUGCUGGAGGAGUGCGGCUUCUACUGGGGUCCGCUGUCGGUCAGCGCUGCUCACGAGAAACUGAAGGACGAGCUGGUGGGGACCUUCCUUCUGCGCGACAGCCGGCAAAAGAAUUGCUUCUUCAGCGUUAGCGUUAAGACGGCCACCGGCCCUACCAGCGUGCGGGUCCUCUUCCAGGCCGGCCGCUUCAGCCUGGAGGGCAGCAAAGAGGCCUUCGACUGCCUCUUCAAACUGCUGGAACAUUACGUCCACUCGCCCCGGAAGGUCCUGGUGGCCCCACUACACAAGGACCGCCUGCGGUCGCUCCAGGAUCUCUGCCGCAAAAACAUUGUGGCGACUUUUGGGAGGGAGAAUUUGCCACGCGUCCCGCUCAACCCGGUCCUGAAGGCUUACCUGGAGUCCUUCCCCUUUAAAUUGUGAGCGGGAAGCAUUAUGCCAGUGGACGCACCGGAGGCCAGGAGGAGGAGGAGGAGGAGGGUCCCUGCGCUGGAAGUGGUGCCUUGGGGGGGUGCAGUCCAGGGAGCCAGUUGUGGUGCGGACGUUGUGGGAGAAACGGAGCCCCUGCGGGGGCAAACCGCCUGUGGCGCUGGGCGUUGUGCCACUCUGGGAAGACGUGAAUCAGAGCCCUGGCUGGAUUGUUUUACAAGCCCAGGGACUGAGACCUCUCGAUUCUGUAGCAGUUCCACUGAAUUUGAACACUUGACUUCCAAUGUUUACACACUUGAACUGUUUGCACAAACUGAGGCCCUCAAAAGCCUUUCCAGUCAUUUUCUGCUGUGCAGAAAGAUUUUUGUUACUUUAUAUCUAUUUUUUCUAAAAGUUAAUAAUAAACCUUAUUAUGAAGGUGCUUUUUCUAAG